GAGGGACUCAGACGGUCUCCAACUAGGUUUAACAUCAAAUCCACCGGAGGGGCGGACGGCUAUUUCUCAUUUUCCGAUAAACCCAAAACCUCAGUUUCCUUCAUUUUCUCAUUUCACGAAAUAGAAAGCAUUUUAAUUAUUGAGUUUCUUAAACCCCAGAAAAACCAUGAUCCGAAUCGCAAACAAUCCCAAACCUCUAACAACACUCGGUCACCAACUCCUCCAACGCUGCACCGUCAGCGGAACCGCCAAGGGCAAAGCCAAACUCAAAGCCGGCCAACCUUUAAAGCGCACCAAAGUCUCCACCAAAAAAGGUAAAGGCGGCGCUCCUACUGACGAUUCCCUCCCGAAAGGUGGCCGAAUCCCCGACGAAAACCAAAGACUCUACGACCAAUGCCUCAAUGCGCCCACGCCAGUCCGUCACCUCUCCCCCAAGGAGCGAGCCCGCGAAGCCGAGCGGGAAAAAUUGGGAUUAAUAAGCAAAGAACGGCAAAGGGAAAUGGAGAUUUUGAAGAAAGGAGGAAGAAAAGCGAUGGGAGUUCCUGAUGAUCCUAUGAUAAUGGGAACACCUGGGCUGGAUUUGAUCACAUUGGGCCUUGUUGAUGCUGAUAAGAUACCCAAAUACGAGCUGACGGUGGAGGAUGGACGGAGAUUGGCUAAGGAGUAUAGUAGGGUUUUAAUGAGGAAGCAUAGGGCAAGGCAGGCGGCUGAGAGUAAUUUGUUGAGAAUGAAAAAGGAGGCGAUUGAGGCCUUGCCAGAGUUGCUUAAGGAGGCGGCUUUGGUACCGGAUUUGAGCCCAUUUCCGGCGAAUAGGUUUAUGGCCACUUUGACUCCGCCUAUUGAAGGGUAUAUUGAGAAGGUUAAGGAAGCGGCUAGGAAAAGUUCCGGGAAGCAGAAGCUUAGGUGAAGUCUAGGUGAAAGCACGAACGGACUUUCCUUACUUAUGAAAUUGGUGAUCCAUUAUAGCUGCAGUGUAGUGUGGUUUUCUCUGACAGCAGACGGUUUUAUAGUAUUAAAAAUAUCUAAAUGUUAGGUACCUGAAAAUAGUUUUGUGAAAACUUAUCAAUGUACUAUUUUCUGGUUCAACAUUGAAACUGCCUUCUUUGAUGAUGUGUUGUAAUCCUAUCAUAGGCAACUUACAAUGGUGUCUUUCAGGAAUUGCAUGCAAUAAUCUGAUGGCUCAAAAUUGAUGGUGUUGAUUUUA